AGAGCCCGUUGUGCCGAGCCGAGCAGCUCUGACGAUGACGCCAUGCUGUUAUUUUUAUCGCGGUGACCUCAUCGUUCUAUGGCAGCACCAGGACUUCACCGAGUCCCUCCGCCGCUUCUGCUCUCCUCUGCGACCCGUCCUCUCCGGUACACCAGGCGGACUCCCCCGGUUUGUCCAGCCGGGUCGGAGGAGCUGCUGUCCGGACUCUGACGUCGAGUUUUCAGACGAUUUUAAAACUCAGAGUGAUGUCAUCAGGAGAAAAGACGGCUGUUGGAGUGAAUGAAAGCCCCUCCCCCUCGCUGCAAACACACACACUGAUGGACUGAACACACACAUACACUCUGAACCACCAUCUCACACACAGUUGGGAUUGGCUCUCUCUCUCUCUCUCUCUCUCUCUGGGGCUGCCAUCGGGAUGACAUCAUACCCGGCCGACACAAUGGAGCUCUUCAUCCUCUGAGGUUCCUGGCCAGACUGCAUCACUGUGCUGGACUGCCGGCCGGGACGCCCACAAGGAGGGGGGGAGGAGGAGGAUUACUACCAGGGAGGGGGGUGGGGGGGGGUGGUAGGGAAGUGAGAGGAGGCAGCUCACAUGUGUGAGCGUGUGGGGUCGCGGACUGGACUGGGUAUGGCAAGGCCCGGGAUUGUGCGCCCUAUCGGGCCAGAAGCUCUGGUAGCGCUGCUGGAGGGGGCGCUGGACCGGGUGGUGCUGAUUGACAGCCGGCCCUUCGUUGACUACAAUACCUCCCACAUCCUGGAGGCCGUAAACGUGAACUGCUCCAAGCUGAUGAAGAGGAGGCUGCAGCAGGACAAGGUGCAGAUUGCCGAGCUGCUGCAGCAUUCAGCCAAAAAGAAGUUGGAACUGCAGGCCGAUCAGGAGGUGGUGGUGUACGAUCAGAGCUCUGCCGACCCAGCCACUCUGAGCUCCGAGUCCUUUAUCAGUGUCCUGCUGGUUAAACUGGAGAGGAGCUUCCCCUCCGUACACCUGCUCUCAGGUGGGUUCUCCGAGUUCUCUCACCUUUUUCCUGGUCUCUGUGAGGGGAAGUCCACCCUGGUUCCUUCCUGCAUCUCUCAACCCUGCCUGCCCGUCACCAACAUUGGGCCGACCCGUAUUCUGCCUCACCUGUACCUGGGCUGCCAGAGGGAUGUCCUCAACAAGGACCUGAUACAACAGAACGACAUUGCCUACGUCCUGAACGCCAGCAAUACCUGCCCCAAACCGGACUUCAUCCCAGACUCCCACUUCCUCCGAGUCCCCGUCAACGAUUCGUUCUGUGAGAAGAUCCUGCCGUGGCUGGAUCGCUCGGUGGAGUUCAUAGAGAAGGCCAAAGCCUCCAACGCCCGAGUCCUGGUCCACUGCCUGGCUGGAAUCUCCCGCUCGGCCACCAUCGCCAUCGCCUACAUCAUGAAGAGGAUGGACAUGUCACUGGACGAGGCGUACAGGUUUGUGAAGGAAAAGCGGCCGACUAUCUCGCCCAACUUUAACUUCCUGGGUCAGCUGCUGGACUUUGAGAAGAAGAUAAAAAGUCCUCCUGGUAUGGACGCCAAACCCAAGUGUCUCCAUCCUCCGGAGCCCAGCAGCGAGGCCUGCGCUCAGCCUGAGGAUGCGGUCCCAAUGCCCGGCGUGACACUGCUGGAACCUUUGACCUUGCCGUGCGUUUUAGCCAAUGCCCCCGAGGAGCGCCUGCUGGCUCAGGCUCUGAGUGGCCUGCAGCUCGCCGACGGCUCAGAAGACAGUGCCCGGUUGAAACGCUCCUUCUCUUUGGACAUCAAGUCAUAUGGCGAGCCUGGCGGGGGCGGCACCCAUCGAGUUUUCGCGCCUCACAGCGGGUCGGGGGACAGCAAUGACUUCUACAAGCCGCCAUCCUUCAAAGAGACAACGAGUAAACCCUGCCAGUUCUCGCCAGUGGAGGAGGUUUCAGAGCAGUCCACGCCGGAGCAGAGCCCUGAUAAGGAGGAGGCAGGCAGCCCGCAGCCAGCGGUGUCAUCGGCCUCCAGCGGCUUUGCUAAGCCACCCGCCGCUCCAACCAACUGCUCCCACCACUUGCACCGGAGCGGGAGCAUGGAGGAGAACGCCACCAGCUUCCUGUUCGGCCUCUCACGGAGCCAGCAGCACCUCGCCAAACCAGGAGGUGGCAGCGCCCUGAAGGGCUGGCACUCGGACAUCCUACUGGGCCCUGUCACCGUCUCCACCUCCUCUUUGGCCAGUGGAUGGUACCUCUCCUCAGAGUCCACGCGCUUCUACUCUACAUCGGCUAUCCUGAGCGGCGGCGGCUUCACGGCGUACAGCUGCAACCACGGCUUGGAGGCGGUACGGCGGCGGCAGCGGACACAUGACCGCGGUGACUCGAGGAGGAGCUGGCACGAAGAGAGCAGCUUUGAGAAGCAGCUGAAGCGGCGCAGCUGCCAGAUGGAGUUUGGAGACGGGAUGGCGGACAGCCGCUCCCGCGAGGAAAUGGGCACGGCGGGGAGUCAAUCAAGCUUCUCGGGCAGUAUGGAGGUCAUCGAGGUGUCGUGAGAUCACACACGCAACACAAACCAACGAUUCCGUGUUGUGUCAGGGCCGACCCUGACAGUGGAGGACAAGGAGGGGACGAAGCCAGCAGUUGAAUGGUUUUUAAAUACAGGUAAAAGUCGAAUAAAUCAAACCAGCUAUGACUCGAUCGGGUCCGAUUCACGGUGACGGAACUUCCUGUGUGAGCGGCAUUCAGGGGCAUACAGGUAGUGUAGCAGCUCUUAAUCGAUGACAGCUGAGUCUAAUGGCAGGUUUCUGCUGGGGUAACAACCUUUCAUGAAGGUCAGACCAUCUGAGUGGUCUCACAGCUCGGCAGCCAUCUUGGUAACGCCUCUGAGCGGUUGGCUUUAAUCUAAUUUGUCACAGUAAUGAUCGUCUUUCUGCUUUCCACAACGAUCCACUCAGUGUGAUCGGAGAUUGGCCUUCCAAUCACAUAUUUGACAUCAUCUGUACAGCGUAAUCUGUCAGGUCAAAUAAAUCUGACCCCUGACCUGACUCUACCUCUGACCAGUCUGAUUGUUCCCUGACCUUCAUGUUCCACAGUAACUGCCUAAUAAGUGCCUUUAUGCGUUUCAAGAUGGCUGCCGAGUGGUGAAGGAGUUUGUGAUGAAGCUCAUCUGUGUUUAUCUGGUGGCAGGGGCUUGAGAAAGUACUGCAGCUUUACGUGGGCAUAUCCAUAGGGUGGGUUAGAACCAUAGGUUGGCGUGACCGCUGAGCUAAUAUCAGGAUAUGAGGUCUGGAAGAAGCACUUUGGGAACUGGUUAACAUGUCCGUGCUGCUGUGGUAACUCGUUAAAGGGCCAAAACGUCACUCCAACAGUUUAAAAACAGGAAAUGCUGAAAUGCGUCGAAUCAGAGAGCUGCUGUGACUGAACACUCACCGCUGCUUUAACAUGUCGUGUGCAGACCUGUCUGAGGGACUCGCACUUUAAACUUUUUUUUUCACUUCUAAUCAAUUCGUGAUUGAAAAUUGUGGCUGUAGUAAUCAGUACCUCCACCGGAGGCAGUACUCACUGCAGCCUGUCAGCUUUGGAACGAUUUUUUUCUGUUUUCUGACAUUAGUACAUUGGGAAUAGUUGGUUCAUGGGACGUUAAAUCAAUACACUGAUGUCAGACAUCGCCUAUGUGUGUUGCCGUGGUGGCUAUUCCUGCCACGCUUGGACCUUGUGAUUGACGACAGGAAGUGAAACAAAGACUGCCAAGACUCUCUGGGGGGGGGUCAAAGGAGCUUGUUGGCAGGUUAACUCUCAGGUGUCCUCUGAGGCAAUCAGAGGGGAUCUCUGGCCUCACCUGGAUGGACAGCAGGUCAUGUGAUCAGACGUAUUCACAGGUAAUCUUGCACUACUGUGGUAUAGAGGUUGGUUUGAUUCAGAGUGUUUAAAAAGAAUAAAAAAUAUGACUUUUCA